CGUUUUUUAAAACCUUAACAAAGAGCUAGAAAUUUCGUAUUUUCAAAAAUUCUAAUUCCUCUCCGAGAAAAAUUGUUUUAAAAUUCUCAUUUACUCUACGAGUGCAACAGAGACAGUCCCAUUUAUUUUUCUGAGUGUGAGAAAGAAAUCCGGUAGAGUAUCCCCUUAAGACCAUGGGGAAUUGAGACUCUAUUUCCAUGGUUAAGACUAUGGAGAGUAGAGGUACUUCUACUUCUAUCUACCCUCCAUACCUAAUGUUAUAAAAUAUUUAUUUAAGGUUAGAUUAUAAAAAUUCCACGUACAACCAGUAAUUGGAAGGAUUAUCGAAAGUUUUAAGGACAACAAAAAACAUGGAUUCACGUUUAAUUCAGAAAUUAAAGAAUUCAAAUAUACGGGAAGACGGAAUAUCCAGAUGCAGUUGUAACCAUUACUGUUUGUACAGGUAUAUGGAUUCCAAAUUCAUUAGAGAGUACUGUUUUAUAGCAGAUGAUAUCUUUGGAGAACUUGCGCAUGUUAUUAAACUACAAGACGAUUUGAAAAAAGGGAUCGAACUGAUAAUGCGUAGUGGUAAACCACUUCUAGAAGAAAGAACAGGUUUUCUCGAGUACCAUGUGGUUUCUAUCAUAGCAGCAAAUAGUUUGAUUCUAAACCUUGAAAAAUGUCCAAAUGCAAGAGGAAUCAUCAGGGGUACGAAAUACGAAAGAAUCUACUUCGCAGCUAAAGAAAAAUAUUCAGAAGCUAUCGAUAGACUUAUGAAAAUUAGCGAGGAAGAAAUGCUGCUGCUGAAAGAGAAUGUUUAUCGCGAGAUUGAUUUGUGAUUACCCAUUAAUCAAUUAUUACUUCGUAAUAAAAAAAAGUCAUAUUUUGUAUCUACAAUUAUUACUAAGUAAAAUAAAAUAAUUAAAGC